AUGGCUCAGGAGUGUCUCGCGGUGAGAGGUGCUAUACACCGUCUGAAGGGCAGGCAUUUAGAUAGUUCCAUAAUUGACGAACUGGAAAAUGCUAGAUAUCGACUAAAAUGUGUGUCUCGAUUUCUCGUGAAACUGGAGGAGGUUCACCCUGAGAACACGAUAUCUACACAACUAGGGACCUUAUUUCAACAAGCUCAUGAUGGAUUUUCUGAGAUAUGUACUCACAUGGAUCAACAUUACACCAUCAAAAUGACAAAGGCGCUGAAAAAAAUUAAGCUGGAGAACAUUGCUGAGCGACUCAAAGCAGCUUCAAAGCCAUCAACAUCAACUAGAGGAAUGAUAUCAGAGGUGCUGAAAAUACUUAAACCCGAGAAUAUUGCUGAAAGAAUGAAAGCUUCAAAGCCAUCAGCAUCAUCUAGCCGAAUCACUACUAUGGAGAUGGUGAGGUUUGUCGAUUUUUUGCUUGAUUAUGUAAAGGAUUGUGCCCCUGUGAAGCUGCGAUAUCUACACGCUUUCUUCAUAUUAACUUCAAGUCGGUGCAUUGAGCAUGAGAGUAUGCAGUAUUUCUUCAUCCAUAUUCAGAAUGUAGCUUAUACUGCACUACAACUACAUUUCAAAUCGAUGGGCGGAUAUACAGAUUUGCGCUAUGAGUUGUACAGUUUGAUAAGUUCUUUCAGUCCUGAUUUGAGGCAGAUAUAUAAGAACCUCUUGACAGCGUUAAAAUCAUCAAGAUCAGAGACUACAUUGAAGCCCGGAUGUAUGCUUGAUUUUGUUAAUGCUCUACAAGAGUAUCCUGAGGUGAAUCGACACCGUGGUAAAAUUCGGGGGCUCAAAGAAGGACUUCUUAACAGUUUUCAAUUACUAAAGUGCAUAGAAUAUGGAGGCACUCAACUCAGAAUAUUCAGUUCUCUUCAGUCACUUAUUGAAGCUCUGGCCUUUGAGGCAGCAGCAUUAGUGAUCAACUCCUAUGAUGAGGAUCUUCUUUUUGUUUUGCAGCCGAAGCUUAAUCAUGUCAAUGUAGUAAUCGAACUGAUUCAACUACGAAACAGUCAAGAAACCUUUCUCCUGAGAGCUGAUAGUCUUCAACUGAUUGACUAUGCUUUGGAAGAGCUGAUAGUCGUGACAAAUUUUCUCAUGGAUUCAUUGGAGCAGUGCAAACAGCAACCUAAGAUAACUGAUCUUUUAACUCUUAUCCAAUCUGUGACUAACGAAGCAUGUUCAGCUGUUAAUAAUCUUUUAUGUUAUGCAAGACGAGAAGACUUGGUCUGGGAAAUGAAUCGCUCACAUUUUCAAUUGCUUCUUAAGUUCAACUUUAUUAAGGCAGCAAUUAGACAGAUGUGUUCCACCAUUUGUGCUUCAUCAACUGAGAUACAUCUGCUGAACUUUCUUCCUAUUAAUUUUGAGGUCAUUGGUUCUUACUUAAAUUCCUCAAAGAAAUCAUCCUCUGGUCACCACAACAUGGAUUUACUUAUGAUGGGGUUUCAUGAAUAUAUUAUUGACAAUCUGCUACUGAAGCAUGAAACUGAUUUGUCAUUUACAGUUGCAGAUGAUGUUAAAAAGUGGUUUCAUGAAUAUAUUAUUGACAAUCUGCUACUGAAGCAUGAAACUGAUUUGUCAUUUACAGUUGCAGAUGAUGUUAAAAAGUUCUACGAUGGAUUGUUGCUCCUGUUAACAUAUCUUCUUGAUCCUCUAUCUCAGAGCAGUGGAUUUGGAACUAUUGCAAUUGAGGCCGAAUCUGUGAAUAGCAACAAAAGCAAUCUAGUUCUUCAGUUUUUGACUGUGGCUUUCAAGCUUAUCGAAUGUGAGAGAAGCUUGAUGGAUCUACAGAAGCACAAAGCCACUUUGGAAGCUCACAUUCUGGAUCUGAUUAAAAGUUCUCAUGAAGAGCUUAUUUAUCUUAGACUUCUUCUCAUAGAUGUUCUCAGGAAACACACAGUCCUUAAUGAAUUCCAUAAUGUCUUAAUGCAUGCUGAAGUGACUGCCAACAAGAUAGCACAAAUCAUCAAGGGAAGAAGCACUGAGGAAAUUGGGCUUUUAUUAUCUGAGAUUGAGUCUGUCAAGGUAGAGGUCAGAAAAGUAUGCCUUCAAUUUCUGGAUGCAUCACCUUACAACAUGACGGAUGGCGAAGACCUUAUUAGAUUCUUAUUGAAACACCAGGACUGGCUGCUCAACUUUGAUGCUUGUUCAAUUCCUUUUCUGAAGAACCAGAUCCCAGUAAUCAAAGACAAACUAUUUUAUUUGGGUUCUUUUAUUGCAGAUAUUGUACAGCAUCGUGAUAUGCAUCAAGAGCUCAAAGAUCUUGUGAAACAUGUUCAAGAUAUAAAGUUUGUCUGUCUCUUUCCCAUCAGGGAUUCUGCACCUUCUUGGUGCUACAGGCUAUAUCUCUCUGAUGUCAAGCAAUUGCUUAAGUUUGUCGAGACAGAGGUCGAAAUGAUUUGUCUCAAAGUUCCAGAUUCUUCAAGUCAUAGCUUCCCCAAGAUAAAUGAACUAGGAUUUCUCUAUUGUUUCUUGGGAAAAUUGGAUGAGAUUCUAAGUUCUAAGAUCGAUUCAGUUAUUGACUUAAAACUUCAAAUUGGGUUAGUGAAGGAGGGUUUAUUGUGUCUAAGAACAUUGACUGAUCAUUUCCCAAAAAUCAAUGAUGAGCAUGAUGAAGUUUAUAGUCUUAUAACAAGAGUUACUGCAAUGGCAUACGAGGCAGAGUAUGUCAUGGACUCGUGCUUGACCUAUUCUUAUCCACUCUGGUACAAAGUUCUUUGGAUUUCUGAAGCUGUUGAGAAUAUUAAGCUUGUAAAUGAAGUUGUUAGAGAAACAUGUGAAAGAAAGAAGAUAGAUGCGACAGUGCACAAAGUUAAAAAGACCUCAACUUAUCGUGUGCCGUCUUUAUCAACUAAUACUCCAGGAUCAUCAAAUGAAGAUAUGGGAAGUUUCCAGGAGGCGAUGGACCAAAUGAAGAAGCAGCUACUUGGAGGUUCGCGUCAGCUAGAUGUCAUCUCAUUGGUCGGCAUGCCGGGAAUUGGUAAGACUACUCUUGCCGAGAAGAUUUACAAUGAUCCAGUAAUUACCUCUCACUUUGAUGUCCGUGCUCAGUGUCGCGUGACUCAAGUAUAUUCACGGCGAGAUUUGUUGCUUGCCAUUUUGAAUGGUGUGCUUGAGCCUAUUGAUCGCAAUGAAAAAGAUGAUGGUGAAUUAGCUGAUGAACUGCGUCGAUUCUUGUUGACCAAGAGAUUCUUAAUCCUCAUUGAUGAUGUAUGGGAUGAUAAAGUGUGGGACAAUCUACAUAUGUGCUUAGAAAAUGAUCGGAAUGGGAGUAGAAUUAUUCUAACAACCCGUCUGAGUAACGUUGCCAAUUAUGCUAAAUGUGAAAGUGAACCUCAUCAUCUUCGCUUGUUCAAAGAUGAUGAGAGUUGGACAUUAUUACAGCAAGAGUUGUUUCAAGGAAAGAGCUGUCCGCCUGAAAUUGAUGAUGUGGGGUUUCGAAUAGCCAAAAAAUGUGGAGGGUUGCCUCUCUUCAUUGUAUUAGUUGCUGGUGUUCUCAAAGAGAAAAAUAUAAAAGCAGAAUUGUGGAAGGAAAUAGAAGAAAGUCUAGGUUUGCUGAAUAUUGGUAGCUUGGAAGAGAGCAUGUCUAUAAUUGGAUUCAGUUAUAGGAAUUUACCACAACAGCUGAAGUCUUGUUUUCUCUAUUUUGGAGGACUUUUAAAGGGGAAGGAUAUUCAUGUCUCAAAGUUGACUCGGUUGUGGGUAGCUGAGGGUUUUGUACAAGCAAAUGAAAAAAACGGACUAGAAGAUGCUGCAGAAUGUCUCUUGGAAGAUCUUAUUAGUAGAAAUUUAGUCAUGGGCAUAGAGAAGAGACCCAAUGGAAAGCUCAAAACAUGUCGUGUUCAUGAUCUGUUGCAUAAGUUCUGCUUGGAGAAGUCCAAACAGGAGAAUUUCCUUCUUCAGAUCAAUGGAUUCACUGGAGAGGAUACAUUUCCUGAAGUGUCUCUGGAAUACCGGUUGUUUGUUCAUUCUUCUGAGGAUCAUAUUGAUCUGUGGCAGCCAUCUCACUCAAAUGUUCGCUCUUUGUUGUUCAAUGUUAUUGAUUCAGAUAACUCAUUCUUUCCGCAUAAUAGCUCGUUCAUCUUUGACAGAUUCAAACUUGUUAAGGUGUUGGAUUUGGAAUCCGUCAACAUUGGUGGUACUUUUCCUAGUGAAAUACAAUUUCUAAUUCAUUUGAAGUAUUUUGCUGCUAAAACUGGUGGAAAUUCAAUUCCUUCAUGUAUAGCUAAUCUUUGGAAUCUCGAAACUUUUGUGAUAAGAGGAUUGGGAGGAGAGGUGAUACUACCUAGUUCACUUCUAAAGAUGGUUAAAAUAAGGAAUAUACAUGUAACUCAUCGUGCUUCAUUUAGUUUGCAUGAGAAUAUGGGUGAAUCACUUGCGGACUCUCAAUUAGAUAAUUUGGAAACCUUUUCCACUCCACAUUUCUCUCACGGUCAAGAUACAGUGAUGAUAUUGAGAAAGAUGCCAAAAUUGAGAAAGCUGAGUUGCGUAUUUUCGGGGACAUUUGGCUAUUCAGAGAAAGUGGAGGGAAGGUGUGUUCUCUAUCCCAGAUUAGAGUUUCUAUGUCAGCUUGAAUCCCUUAAGGUUGUCUCCAACAGCUAUCCAGGUAAACUUCCACAUGUCUUCAGUUUUCCCUCAAGACUUGGGGAAUUGACUCUGUCAAAGUUUCGUCUACCAUGGAGCCAAAUCUUGAGUAUUGGAGAACUUCCUAACUUGAAGAUUCUAAAGUUACUUCUCAGAGCCUUUGAAGGGAAAGAAUGGGAAGUGAAAGAUUCAGAGUUCCGUGAACUCAAAUACUUAGAAUUGGAGGACCUCAACAUUGCACAGUGGUCUGUCUCUGAGGAUUCUUUUCCUAUGCUUGAACGUUUGGUUUUAACCAAAUGUAAGCGGCUUGAGGAAAUCCCUUCUCAUUUUGAUGAUGCUUUAUCACUAAAAAGCAUUGAAGUAAAGUGGUGCAAUUUGGAUGUUGCUAAUUCAGCCAAGGAAAUUCUAGCAUUUCGGCAUGAUGAAAUGUCAAAUGAUGCGUUCAAAGUUACAAUACAGCCUCCAGAUUGGGAUAGAAAUUCAUCUCCUUGACUCAUUAUCUGGCUUGCAAACAAAAGAUGGAGGAGGACCUCAGCUAGU